AUGCUCGGCACAGCCCCUCCUGUAGCGUCAGGUCCUGUGGGCCUCUUUGGGGACACCGGGGUCCCUGGGCCGGUGCUGCCCGUGCUGGCCCGAAGAGCCCGACUGCCGGCACCGGCUCCCCCAGCACCGGCCCUGAGCGCGGCUGCCCGAAUCGUCGCUGCUGCCACCUGCCUCAGUGUCCCCAUUGCCCUGAGCCGCGUCCCGGUUUGGCCGCAGCUGGGCUCUCGCCGGGGCAGGCGGGUGUGCCAGGGCGUCGCGGCUCAGGUCCUGCCCUGCCGGCGCCUCUGCCCCCACGCCACGCUCCUCCCGGGACCCGGCUGCCCCGCGGGGCUGGGAGCGGAAUCGCUGCUGGAUGACAUCGUGCUCACACACUCGCUCUUCCUGCCCACCGAACGCUUCCUGCAGCAGCUGCACCAGCAAUAUCCUUGGGGGGCACGGGGGGCAGCGGGCGGGCGCUGGGGUGCCAUGAGGCGCCACCAGCUCGUGGAGACCGUGGAGCUCAAGGUGGCCGACGAGACGCCCCCCCCGAACAAGCAGGUGAAGCCACUGUUCAGGCAUUUCCGCCGCAUCGACUCCUGCCUGCAGACGCGGGUGGCUUUCCGGGGCUCCGACGAGAUUUUCUGCCGCGUGUACAUGCCCGACCACUCGUACGUCACCAUCCGCAGCCGCCUCUCGGCCUCGGUGCAGGACAUCCUGACCUCCGUCACCGAGAAGCUGCAGUACUCGGAGGAGCAGAGCGCCCGCGAGGACGCCCUCAUCCUCGUCACCAUGGCCUCGUCCGGAGAGAAAGCGGUGCUGCAGCCCAGCGAGGAGUGCGUCUUCACCACCCUGGGCAUCAACAGCCACCUCUUCGCCUGCACCAGGGACACCUUCGACUCCCUGGUGCCGCUGCCUGAGGAGAUCCAGGUGGUGCCGGGGGACACGGAGAUCCACCGCGCGGAGCCGGAGGAGAUCGCCAACCACCUCACCGCCUUCCACUGGGAGCUCUUCCGCUGCAUCCAUGAGCUGGAGUUCGUGGAUUACGUGUUCCACGGGGAGCGGGGCCGGCGGGGGGGGGCCAACCUUAAAGUGCUGUUGUCGAGGUGCUCUGCUGCGGCUGUCGCAGCAAAGGCCGGUGGGGCCAGGCCCUCGCCACCUUUGGCCUCCUGCCUCAGCAAGGGCUCCGCUCGCCGUAAGCCGUCCUAUCGAUCCUGCGGCGUGGAUCAGCCCCGUUUAGAGUUUCACCUGGGCAUUUUGCUGUCCCUGCCUCGUGACUCAGACCUGUGUUGGCAGACGCUGCGGCAGCUGACGGCGUCAACUCAGGGUGGCAGGCUGGAGCUGGAGACUGGUUGCCUGCUCCCGUGUAAGGCCGCUGGUGCCUCUCCGGUGCCGACCGAACCUGCCAGGCUCUGCGGAGCCCCGCUGGUGAAGCGCUGCGCGGGCUGGGAGCCCUUCUGGGCAUGA